AUGAAAAUCCUCAUCCUAGUGUGGGUACAACUUCUAAUGUUGUCGUUGUUUACAGCAUCUGAUACAAAUAACACCUCUGAAACAUACACCCUUAUUAACAGUACCAAUUUAGCAAAGCCAGGUUGCCGAAGCAAAUGCGGAGACGUUAUUGUUCCCUACCCUUUUGGCAUCGGCAUCAAAUCAAAUUGUUCUAUAGGCCAUGGGUUUGAUGUUUACUGUAACACUYCUACACACCCUCCAAAGGCCUCUUUUWCCAAAACAGRUUACACCUCAAUCAAACUCAUAUCUGAUUCCACRMUCCGGACUWCCAAUAWCGUGGCUUWCRRAUGCUAUUUUCCAAAUGGCACWKUKUCAAGUGGAWUCYGRAUUUSRGRAAAUUUUACAGAUUGGCCGUACACCUUUUCGGAAGUAAAUAGGUUCACAGUCAUUGGCUGCGAUGAUUAUGCUUGGUUGACAUCAGAAACAAACUCUAGGUACGUGUCUACAGAUAUAAAUGAGAGCCAUUAUCCGGAGAUGUUUCCAUGUCAUGGAACUUGCAUUAAUACUAUUGGGAAUUACACAUGCGAAUGUGGACGACGGUAUUCUGGUGAUGCCAAAAUUCGAGAUGGUUGUCGACGUAAACCGUAUCACCCUCUCUGGUUAUAUAUAGGUGUAGGUUCUGGAUUGCUUGUAGUGCUGAUUGUAUUAUCGGUGUCGUACUUCACGGCUAAGAAAAAGAAGCUAGUUAAGCAAAGAGAGAAAUGUUUCAAGCAAAAUGGGGGUGUGCUGUUGGAAGAGAAAUUGAAAACUAUGGGUGGCAUCAGUGUCAGUUGCAUGAAAAUUUUCCACGUUGGAGAGCUAGAAGAAGCGACUGAUAAGUAUGCAGAACAUAAGAUUCUUGGUAGAGGAGGCAACGGCAUCGUGUACAAGGGAAAUCUGCUAGAUAAUCGUGUUGUCGCAAUCAAGAAGUCCCAAAGAUUGGAUCAAACACAAAGGGAGCAAUUCAUAAAUGAAAUGGUAAUUCUUACACAAAUCAAUCACCAAAAUGUGGUGCAUCUUUUGGGAUGUUGUUUGGAAACUGAUGUUCCAUUGCUAUUUUAUGAAUUUGUCUCUAAUGGCACUCUUCAUCAUCACAUCCAUAAUAGAAAGAGUGAUGUAGAUAGAUUGUCUUGGGAUAGUCGUCUAAGGAUAGCACAUGAAUCGGCUAGUGCUCUUGCUUAUCUUCAUAGUGAUGCAAGAAUGUCAAUUAUACAUAGAGAUGUGAAGUCUAGUAACAUCCUAUUGGAUGAGAGUUACACCGCAAAAAUUGCAGAUUUUGGUGCGUCAAGGUUAAUCCUCUUAGAUGACCAUGAUCAAGUCACUACACUUGUUCAAGGGACGUUGGGAUACUUGGAUCCUGAAUAUUUGCGUACAGGCCAACUAACAGAUAAGAGUGAUGUAUAUAGCUUCGGUGUGGUUCUUGCAGAACUCCUUACAGGAAAAAAGCCCAUUGCUACGAAUAGAUGCCUAGCAGAGCAAACUCUUGCAACAUAUUUUGAAAAGGCAAUGAAGGAAAAUCGAAUGCUUGAAAUUCUUGAAUUUGAAUUGGUAAAGGAGGCAACUUAUGAGCAGCUAAAAGCAACAUGUGACCUGACAUGUAAAUGCCUUAACCAAUUAGGUGAUAACCGGCCCAGCAUGAAAAAAGUGGCAAUACAGCUUGAGACAUUGAGGAAGAUUCGCAAGCAUCCUUGGGUUAGCCAAGUUAACUACAAUGAAAUGAGUAGCUUAAUGCUUGAAAAUGAACCAAAUGAUCUUUACGAAGUUCCUCUUAUCACUAAUAGUGACACUUUUGGAGAAAGCAGUUCUAGCACCGGUAGAAUGAGAGGCAUGAUGAGCGAAGUGCAAAGUCCUCGUUAACAAUUUAGUAAUGAAUGGAUGUUUUAUCCACCAUUCGUGUCUAUUUAUCAUGUUUGAAGUAUCAUACAAUUUACUUAAAUAUUUGAAUUUAUGUCAGUCCAUUGUGUAUUAUAAAGUGCUCCAUGUAUAAUAUUCAUAU